AUGAUGCAGAAUUAUCAUUAUCAUUAUCAAAUACCCAUAAAAAAUGAAGCCAUUUUUGGGUGCCCAUUUGGAGCUUCAUCUCUACAGAGAAAAAGGAGAAAUUACCCGAAUGCACAAGCCACUCCUUCCAGAACCCAAAGGAUAAUGGAGAAUAUAGCAGUGAGUGGGGAAGUAGGUGGUGCUGGUGGUUCUUACUCAUAUAAUGCUUUGAAAAGACUCGACCAGUUGUGGUCUAGCAUUUGCUCCCCUCCAACGUCUGUCCCGGAACCCCGACAAGUAGUUUCAAAAGUUCCCGGUUUAUUUCACGAUUCUGAUCAGGCUGAAAAAUGUGUGGAUACGUUUGACAUCGUAGUUUGUGGAGGUACAUUGGGAAUCUUCAUUGCAACUGCAUUGAGUUCUAAAGGUCUACGAGUUGGAAUUGUAGAAAAGGCUAUACUGAAAGGGAGAGAGCAAGAAUGGAACAUAUCGAGGAAAGAACUUUUGGAGCUCGUUGAAGUUGGUAUUCUGGCAGAAGAUGACAUCAACCAUGUUACCUCUUCCAGUUUUAAUCCCAACAGAUGUGGAUUUGAGGGGAGGGGCGAGAUUUGGGUUCAUGACAUCCUUAAUCUUGGUGUCUCUCCUGUGAAGCUUAUUGAGAUCAUGAAAGAGCGUUUCAAUUCCCUCGGUGGUAUCAUCUUCGAGGAUUGCAGUGUAUCUCAAAUAUGCACAUAUGAUGAUGUAGCUGUGUUACAAUUAGCAGAUGAAAAGAUUUUAUCAUCGCGUCUCGUCAUUGAUGCAAUGGGGAAUUUUUCCCCCGUGGUAAAACAGAUCAGACGUGGAAGGAAACCAGAUGGGGUUUGCCUAGUUGUUGGUUCUUGUUGUCGUGGUUUCAAGGAUAAUUCUACAAGUGAUGUCAUAUUUAGUAGUGCUUCUGUGAAGAGCGUUGGAAUGUCAUCAGUACAAUAUUUCUGGGAGGCCUUUCCUGCUGGAUCGAAUCCUCUGGAUCGAACGACAUAUAUGUUCACCUAUGUUGAUCCUCAACCGGGAUGCCCGAAAUUGGAGGAGUUACUAGAAGAUUAUUGGGACUUGAUGCCAAAGUAUCAGGGCAUGUCUCUUGACAAUCUGGACAUCUUGAGAGUGAUAUAUGGCAUUUUCCCUACAUACCGUGAGAGUCCAUUGCCAGCAGCAUUUGAUCGUGUUCUACAGUUUGGGGAUGCUAGCGGCAUACAAUCACCUGUUUCUUUUGGUGGUUUUGGGAGCUUGACCAGGCAUCUUGGCAGAUUAACAAUGGGCAUAUAUGAAGCGAUCGACAACAAUUUUCUGGAUGCCAAGAGUUUAUCACUGUUGAAUCCAUACAUGCCUAACUUAAGUGCAUCCUGGUUGUUUCAAAGAGCCAUGUCUGCAAAAAAACAGUCCAAUGUUUCACCUAAUUUCAUCAACGAGCUUCUGUAUGCAAAUUUUGAGAGUAUGCAGAAAUUAGGAGAUCCAGUGCUGAGACCAUUUCUUCAGGAUGUUAUACAAUUCGGACCUCUUGUGAAGACACUGGGACUCGUGAUGCUAAACAGGCCUCAGAUUAUACCAUCAAUAUUCAAGCAGGUAGGUAUUCCCGUGCUUCUCGACUGGUCGGGACAUUUUUUCAUGUUGGGAUAUUAUACUUUUCUUUCCACCUACUUCGACCCUGCAAUAAGGCCAUUGUUAAACACAUUUCCAGCCAAAAUGAAAUACGAGUGGAGGCGUCGGCUUGAGGCCUGGAAAUAUGGAGCUGGUUUAGACUACAAAUUGAGUAAUUUGGGAAAAGAUAAUAGAGAUGAAUGA